UUUCAAACAAUAUUUUUAAAUAGUGAAAUAUUUCAUCGAAAAAAAAAACAUUACAUAUAAUCUGCUCGCGGACAAAUUCUCGGAAAAAUGGCAUCGUGGAUCACAUAACACUGGAGGCUGUGUUUGUUCUGAAGCCAUAACAUUCCACGCUUCGCAUUCGAAAUCAUCUCACCGGUCGUAUCAUCUCGUAUCACAAACACCAAUACAAAGUUCGCUGGACCAGUCCCAACGGCCACUAUUCCACCAUCCAUUAUUCAGUCACUUGCAUUCGAUCGGGCACCGCGCACGUUCAGACGAUCAUACACUACGUGUUUCGAACGUACUGUCGACAAAGUGUACAAGUGUACCAACGUGAAGUUUACCUUUGCUUUUAAUUCCAAUUUUGUGUACAGUGAAGAUCUGUAACUUCAGAGCAAUAUAGUGCUUCACAAAGAAAACGAAAGAAAGUGUACAUUUGGUUAAAAAUCUAGUCCGUACUAAAAUGAAUCGUACGAGUGUUAGCGAAAAUGGCAACGGACAACAGCUGGCUGCUAGAACCAAACCACCAGGCAAGCGGACCAACGGAUUGCACAACCCUGUGCAGGACCAUGCUGGCAGCUAUGGUAGCUACGAGAUGGUGCAGGAAAUCGCCACUUAUCUGCUGGACCGCACGCGUAUCCGUCCCCAGUGUGGCAUCAUAUGCGGCUCGGGGCUGGGAUGUCUGGCCGAUCAGUUGACCGACGUGGAUAGCUUCGACUAUGAGACGAUCCCACACUUCCCUAUCUCGACCGUACCUGGGCACGUGGGGCGGCUUGUGUUUGGCUUUCUGGCCGGUGUACCCGUCCUUUGUAUGCAGGGCCGCUUCCAUUACUACGAGGGAUAUUCAUUGGCAAAGUGUUCAAUGCCCGUGCGAGUAAUGCGACUAGUCGGCUGUACACAUCUGAUCGCCACCAAUGCAGCCGGUGCCAUCAACAACAACUUUCACGUUGGAGACAUUAUGCUUAUCAAGGAUCAUGUCAAUCUGAUGGGUUUUGCCGGAAACUGCCCACUGCUCGGUCCGAACGAUGAUCGGUUCGGGCCACGGUUUCUCGGUAUGGCAAAAGCGUACGAUCCGACCAUACUACAGGUAGCUAAAGAUGCAGCCAAAUACGUGCCCGGUCUACAGAAUAUCCUGCGCGAAGGUGUCUACUGUUGUGUCGGUGGACCCAACUUUGAAACGGUGGCCGAAGGCCGACUCCUAGCAUUAUUGGGCGUUGAUGCAAUUGGUAUGUCGACCGUGCACGAGAUCAUUACGGCACGGCACUGCGGUAUGACGUGCUUCGCCUUCAGCCUCAUCACCAACAUGUGUACGAUGAGCUACGAAGAGGAGGAAGAACACUGUCACGAAACGUUUGUGGACGUUGGCCGGCAACUGGAGGGUCGCAUCUGUGAACUGGUAACAAGAGUCGUCGGUACCAUCCGGGAUUCUAAUGGAACUCGAAAGGAAUAAGAUCAACACGACAAACUCAAUGAGCGCACAAUCACACAAUCACAAUAAAAACUUCCAUUUGUUUCCCAUUUAA